UGUAAAUGGUUCACUCUUUGUGUCUGUUUAUGCAGCAGGGAUGAUUGUCGUAUAUAGACAAAUAUACUGCCAGUCUUAAAAGAAUGAAGUGAAAUCUACGUUUAUAUACUUGUUCGUUUCACUUAUUAGCUUAGAAUAGUCGUGAAGGCUUCAAAAUUUCGUGAAGCAUCGUCAUGGCAUCAAAAUUGCAUUUUGCUGUUUUUCUCUCCUUGGUUAUGACCGCGUCUGCCGGCGAAAAAGUCAUUCGCAUCAUCCCAGGAGACUCAAAUGAGCUUGAUUUUCUGUCAUCUUUGGAAGGCAAACAGGAACUGGAGCUCGAUUUCUGGAAGGCUCCUCAUAAGCCUGGUCUGGCUGUGGACAUUCACGUGACAGAUGCCGCGUACAAGAUUGUUGCCAAGUUACUUAAGGAAAAGAACAUUGAGUUUCAAAUUAUGAUCGUUGACGUCGACAAAUUGGUGGACGACGAAAACGAAUUGCAAACGCGGAGCAUGUCAUUCAGCUUUGACAGCCAAUAUCAUCCUUUGCAAGAGAUUGUGGAUGAGCUGAGAAACUUUGCAAACCAACAUGCAGGAAUUGCUUCCAUUUUCAAUUUGGGAAAAUCUUAUGAAGGGCGUGAACAGCAGGCAAUUAAGUUGAAGGGAAGAUAUAGACCAGGCAAGAAGGUCUUUUUCAUGAACUGUGGGAUUCAUGCCCGUGAAUGGGUAUCUCCAGCGACCUGUAUGUACAUCAUCAGACAGAUAGUUUCCAAAUACGGUAGAGACAGCAGUGUGACCGAAAUGUUGGACAAGAUGGAUUUCGUUAUUAUGCCUGUUCUAAAUGUCGAUGGCUACGUUUUCACUUGGAAUCCAAGCAGCCGUAGGAACAGAUUCUGGAGAAAGACACGUAAACCCAAUAGAGGAAGCAGAUGCAUCGGAACAGACCCGAACAGGAACUGGGAUUACAUGUGGGGAUAUCCUGGAGCGAGUUCAGACCCAUGUCAAGAUUCCUACAGAGGAACACAUGCAUUUUCCGAAAGAGAAGUGAAGAAUGUAGCGAAUUACUUAGAGACACUUAGCAGAAAUGACCAAAUAGCGGGCUAUAUGGACAUUCAUGCCUACAGUCAAUUAUGGAUGACCCCCUGGGGAUAUACUAGACAGCCAACCAGAGACAACGAGGAAUUGAUGAGAGUUAGCAAAGCUGCAGUAACAGCCAUACGAAGGGCUGGUUAUGGAACCUAUUACAGAUACGGGCCAUCUUCCGUCAUCAUAUACCAAAAUUCUGGAGGCAGCAAGGACUAUACGUAUGGAAAACUGAAGAUCAAAUACUCAUUUGCCUUAGAAUUGAGGGAUACGGGACGAUAUGGUUUUUUAUUACCAGCACGUCAGAUUGUUCCCACAGCAAUGGAGACGUUUGAAGGAAUUAAAGCGAUGGCUGGGGAAAUGAGAGUGUAGUCCGCUGGACUAUAUGCUUGUAAAGCAAUAAAAAGGAUUAAAAGCAA